GACGUCGUUGAAAUCUUCUCCUCUAUUUUGACUCUCUCUCUCUCUCUCUCACGACUCACCCGUGACGGCGGCGGCGUCCGGCGGCCGACCCCGCGACCCGGCGCCGGCACGGCGAGGAAGAGAGGCUCGCGGCGUGGAGAGGUCCCUCUGCUUCGGCACCACGCGCGGACGCCGCUCGGCCUCGAGAUCUCAAGAUGCGGCUGGUCGGCCUGACGGGCGGGAUCGCCUCGGGGAAGAGCACCGUCUCCGGCCUCUUCAAGUCCGCCGGCGUCCCGGUGGUCGACGCCGACGUCGUGGCUCGGAAUGUAGUGCAGAAAGGUACUGGAGGUUGGAAGAAGAUUGUGAAAGCUUUUGGGAAUGGCAUUCUGUUGGAAAAUGGAGAAAUUGACAGAGCUCAAUUGGGUCAGGUUGUUUUCACUGACCCAGAAAAACGCAAGCUUCUAAACCGUCUUCUGGCCCCACACAUUUCAUGCGGUAUAUUCUGGGAGAUACUAAAACUCUGGGUGAAGGGAUGCCUGGUUAUUGUCGUCGACAUCCCGCUCCUGUUUGAGACAAAGAUGGACCGAUGGACGGACCCCGUGGUUGUCGUAUGGGUGGAUCCCAAAACACAGAUCGAGAGGCUCAUGUCAAGAGACAGUUGCGGCCAGGAACAGGCUCAGGGCAGGAUCGACGCCCAGCUUGCGUUGGACUGGAAGAAGUCGGAAGCCGACAUAGUGAUCGACAACUCCGGCUCGCUGGACGACACGAAAGAGCAGUUCCAGGAAGUGCUGAAGCAGGUGUCUGGUCCCUUGACAUGGAAGGAGCGCAUGAUGUCCAGGGAUGGCCUUCUCUCUAUCGUCGUGUGCACGGCGGCGGGGGUUCUACUUGCUCAGAAGAAUCUGCUGUGAUCUUUUCACGCUUAGGAAGUUAAGGUAACUAGGAUUGGACUAAGAUUGAUUGGUUGAAAAUUUCGAAGGGUCAGUGCAGAGCACUAGGCGAGCACGAUUACUGUCCUGUCAUGUCUGGAGUUAUUAUACCACAAGUGCUGAAUUUCGAGUGAAAUAAAAUUUGUAACUGCUUGCUUGUGCA